AUGGGUGAUAAUCCAAUAGAUGUUUUCAAGGAGGAUAUGGAAAAUGAGGAAGUUUAUCUGAAAGUCAAUGCUAUGCACAGAGCUAGAAUUAUCGCAACACUAUUAGGAACCGAUAAAAUAAGGUCUGUUCUUUUGCCAUAUUUUGAAACAUUGAUGAAGAAAGAAGAUGAUGAAGUCUUAUUUGCAAUGGCAGAAGAAUUAGGCUAUAUUGCUUAAAUCAUUCCAUAAUAAUCGAUAUGCUUGUUGCCAAUUUUGGAACAAUUGGCAGGAUUUGAUGAGACUGUGGUACGAGAAUAAGCUGUCAAAUCAAUCGCAAUUGUAUGUAAUUUUUUAUAAGACAAUGAAAUUGCCAACACAAUUGUCCCCAUGAUUUUAAAACUAGCUUCAAAUGAGGCCAAUUUUACCUGUAGAGUCUCUGCCGUCAGUUUAAUGUGUCCCAUGUAUUCUAGAUCAGGAAAUUAGAAAGAAAAGCUCAGAUAGAAAUUCACCGAAUUAUGCAGCGAAGAAACUCCAAUGGUUAGAAGAGCAGUAGCCACUAAAAUAGGUGAAAUAGCAUAAUACAUGGAUAAAAAUCAUGUGAUAGAAGUUCUGAUAGCUGUUUUGAAACAAUUAUGUUAAGAUGAAUAGGAUUAAGUUAGAUUAUUGUGUAUGGAAAGCAUAAUGAACAUUGCUAAGAUUCUAAACAUCAAUGAAAACAAGACCAAUAUCUUACCAUUGAUCAUAUCUUCAGCAGAAGACAAAUCAUGGAGAGUCAGAUUGGCUUUGUCAAAGAUAUUUGCAGAGUUAGCUGAAGCAGUGGGUAAAGAGAUUGCAGACUCCUCAUUAAUUUAGAUCUUUUCAAACUUACUAAAAGAUCCUGAAAGUGAUGUCAGAGUAAUAGCUGUGAAAAGUUUGGCUAAAUUUAUCAAGUUUGUGUCUCCAGAAAAACUAAACCUCAUUAUUCCCUUAUUACAAUUAUUAGCAAAGGACGCAUUUGCAUAAGUGAAAUAAAAUGCUUGUUUAGUUAUUGGAUAGAUUGCUACUAUUUUACCUAAGGAAAUUAGUUAAAGCAAACUGCAAUCCUAUUUGAUUGAAUUGAUGAGUGAUGACAAUCAAGAUGUCAGAAAGAAUGCAGCACAAUCCGUUGGAAUAUUUGCUGGAGCUCUUGGACCUGAUGCACUCGGCCAAUUUAUUCCUCAUUUGAAAAAGAGCAUGGAAGAUCCCAAAUGGAGAGUUAGAAAGGAAACAAUGAUGACUGUCUUCCAUUUAGCAUUAACCAUAAAAAAUACAGACAUAUUCUUGAAACAUUUAGAACCAGUCUAUGUGUUAUUUUUGAAGGAUAGGGCAGCUGAGGUUAGAACCAUAGGAUUGAGCAGAUUGAAUGAUUUAAUCUAAACUUACAAAAUCGAUUGGGCAUUGGGAAGUUUUUUGUCUAAAUGUUUGGAGACUCUAAAUAAGGAUACUGGAUUCUUGUAUAGAAUGAAUGCCUUAUAUGCCAUCUAAUAAAUUGGUGUAGUGGCUGAUGGACCUAUGAUUCAAGAUAAGUUGUGGCCAAUUGUUUAGAAGUGCAUGAAGGACAAUGUUCCUAAUAUUAGAUUUGUUAGUAUAAGAGUGGCUAAAUAAUUAUCAAAGAAGAUUGAUCAUCAAGGCACUUUGAAUCAAAUAAAAUAAGCAAUAAAUGAAUUGACUGAUGACAACGACAGAGAUGUUAAAUUCUAUGCUUAGGAAGCUUUACAAUAUUGA